CAGCAUCACUUUCCUCAGGUGUGUUAACGCUCAAAUACAGCCAGGAAAUUGUGAGGCCAACAGGUGAUUCAACUAACCCGUUUCCUCGUUUUAAAUCAGCUAUUCAAAUAGCAGUUCACUACACCGCAAAGCAGACAGACAGAGAGAAGUCGCAGCUCAUAAAACAUCUGGGACAGUUAAACCUGAACUCCAGCAGGGUCUGUGUGUGAGAAACAGAUGUAAUGAUGAUCCGGUGUGAGAUGCUGGAGGACGUCAAUCUACGCUGAUUGUAAAUGACUGAGUUUUGAUAAGUGUCUGAAGACUGAGGCCCUCUGAGGAGCAUCUUCAUCAUUUCUUCAUCCUGCGUCCAUCCUCCAUGUGUCUGUUAACCAAUGACUGAUGCCUCCUGUCCCUACUGACCUGACGGCUCCACAUCCUCCAGAGAGCUUCACUCUGCUCUUCUUUCUCUAAACCCUUCUGUCUUCCAGUCAUGAAUCCCUACAGUGAUACAAACCCGAGCUCCUGUCCAAGUGAUGUCACCGCUCCUGGUCCACCUUCAUAUUCAUCCCCUGAACAUUACAAUUCCCAUAAUCCAUCUCUGUCAGCCAACUCCCCUCCAGUCAUCCACACAGGUCGGAGCUCUCUGACAGUUCUGAGCCAUAACUCCCCAACUUAUCAGUCCUCAUCAGAGCAAGAUGGAGGUCAAAACCUGGUCCGAUCACCCAUCUUGGACCGUUCCACCUCGCUGCUUCCAGCCUCAGCCCAGACAGUUUCUGCCUCCGCGCUGAACCCUUACCCCGCCCUCUCCACUCCCCCCUCCCACCAGGUGUCCAUCAUCAUCCCGUCCCCAGACCUCCACCCGUCUCCUCUCCCCUCGCAGUGCUCCGAGGAAUCCUGCCCGGACCUGGAGUGCGCCAUCUGCUUCAGCCAGUUCAACAACAUCUUCCGCUGUCCCAAGAUGCUCCAGUGCAAGCACACCUUCUGCCUGGAGUGUCUGGCGCGCAUCAACGUCAAGUCGACCGAGCCCAAUGCCAUCCAGUGCCCGCUGUGCCGCAGCUUCACGCCGCUGCCCACCCUCGGGCUCCCGAAGCUGACCACGGACUCAGACGUGCUGUCCUACCUGCCGGCCGCCAUGCAGAGAGUCUACAGCAUCCGCUUCUCCCGCAACAAAGGGAAGCUGCAGGUUAAAAGUUCGUCUGAAGGUCAGCGGCGGUGGGGUCAAAGGUCGCUGACGUCUCUGAGAUCAAUGAACCGCUCUCUGGAUGUGGGGCUUCCCAGCCCGCCUGCCGGGGGCCGCAGCGAGGUGGGCGGCAUGGGCGGAGCCCUGUUCAGACUGACGGGCCGGCCGGCGUGCCGAGCCUUCCUCCUGACGUCCGUGGUGAUGAUGAUGGUGCUGCUGACGGGCAUCAUCAUCUUCCUCCUGACCUACCAAAAAAAGGAAAACUGACCGUGAGUGACAUCACAUUACAUCACAUCCUGUCUUCCUUCUACGAAAUCUGCUUUUAUUUCUGUGAUGGGAAAAACCGUUGAACAAUGAAAUUCCACAAUCUCGACAUUUAACAUCUGAAUCCAGUAAAUGAGCAACAUCUGUUUCUCUGCUGUGGUUAAAAGAUGAAAAUGGAUACAGAUGUGCAAUAAAAAAAUAAGCAGGUUUUAAGUUGCUGAUGACAUUCAGAGCAGAGACGGAGAGGAAGCUGUUAUUAAAUCUACACUCUGGAAGAUGAUGGAAACUCUCACCUGAGCUCAACAGUGUCUGAGAAACUGAGAAGCAGUGAACUUUAAUCAGCUUCAUAACGUUUAACUUGUGCCAAAAGCUUCAAAUCAUCACCCAGAUGUCUGAAAAUGUCCCCCAUCCCUCAAUAUUAAGUUACAAAAUGACAUCAUAUCACAGCUGAGAAAGAAAUGUAUGGAGGAAAGUGAGAAGCAGUGGACUCGAGUCUGUUUCACUUUGCCAAAAGCUGUAAAUAUUCACCUGCUGAACAGAAGAAGAAGAAAUAACAGAACAUGAGAACUUCCUGGCUGUCAGGUAACAGCUGAGGUUAGAAAGAACUGGAAACUAAGAAGCAGCGGACUUUAAUCUGCCAUUAUCCACCUCCAAGUUUGGGGGGGGGGGAUGCACACAGUCACUGCUUCUCAAAACAAAAUGUCGGUCAGGUAAUACAAGAUGGCUGAUCUGAUAGCCGUGAACAUAAGAGUUGACGCUUUAUAUAAGAAAAGGUCAACAGGUCAAAGUCUGGCGGCUCCAUCCAGAUGCAGAUAAAAGCCAAAAUAAAAGUGACAGUAGAUUAAUGGUCCAAACUGUAUAAACACAUUGUCAACUGUCAUUUUUAGGUAUAGAAUAAGGUUUGUGAUCAUUCUGUAGAUUAACUUCCUCACUUUAAACAUGAAUGUAUAGAUGGAAAUGAUCUGCCGUCAGGUGGAGCCUCCUUCAUAUCCUCCUGUUGGAACUUGUUCUGGCAGCUCUUAGCACUUGAAAAAAAAAAACCCAAAGACUGAAUUUUAAACCUUUUUUGAUUCUGUGUUUUAUUUAUUCUCUCAUGUACAUCAGAGUCCGUUUCCUCUUGUCAAAGCUACAGUUCUGCCCUCACUCUUAACCAAAUGCUGUAAACCGUAGCCAUGCGAUGAUGCAAAUAACCCCGAGCCGCAGUGACAGUCUGACACAGAGAGCUCACAGAGCAGCGGCCAGUAGAUUUUCAUUGAUGGUGAAACAUAAAUAUCAGCGGUUUUCUUACAAAGACGGUGUAUAAAGACUUGACCUCUAGUGGUUUCUCUCCAUGCAGGUCAUUUGGUUUUAAGACAUCUAUCUGAUAUUUCUGCCACCAGCACAAUACAAAUAGAGGUGACUGGAGUUUAGUUUGAGGUGUCGAUCACUGUGAAGUUUUCUGUGAGCUCUGUUGAUUAUCCACAGUAACCAGGGACAUUCUUUCAGUGAAGUCAUGCUGCAGUUUUUUAAAUAUUUUAAAAUGUGUCUUCAGUGCUGUCAACACCACAAACACUCCAUCAUCCUCCACUGUAUAUGUGUGGAGACAGAUCUCAACAAAUAAAAUUGAUGAAUUGACCCUUUUUAAAAGAAGCAGAAAUGUGUUGAAAUCAUGAGGGAGUCAAGUGACUAAUACAAAGUAUUUAAAAGUUUUUAGGUCAGUGUGUGGUUUAAAGAGAGACGCUGACAUGUUUUCGUUCUCGUCCUGCAGAGCGCCGUUCCUUUCCAACAGUUUAGUCACUUUCUCCUCCGUACGCAGACUUGACGGCUCUAAUAACGUCACCCGAUUUUCUCCUUUGCCUCCAUCAUAACUACUAAAGCUGCUAGAGGGCGCCGUCACUUAAACAUAAUCUCAUUUUGGGCCACUUGCAGAAACAACUGAUGCAGGAGGACAGUCUUUAAAAAGUCUCUGGACACUGUCUGCUCAGCACCAAACAACAAACAGUUAGCUGUAGACUAGCUGGUGAACAUAGUGGAGCAUUUAGCAGCUAAAGAGCCAGAUAUUUCCCUCAGGAGUCGGUAGAGAGUAAAAACAGAGCUGCAGGAUGCUGUGUUGCACUGAUAUUAGCGACUGUGUUUGAAACAGCUGCAUCCUUUUCACUUAUGAAUGUUACAUUAAAAUAAUCCUAAAACGUUGUACUCACGUGAGGGGAAAAAAGCCAAUAAGCAAAACUUAAACAUUUUGACUUGCAAAUCAAACUUAACAUGAAAUCAAACUACCUUCAUUGUGCUGCUUCAAAACUUCACCUGCUGAAAAUGUAUUUUAAAAGUCUAUCACACAUAUUUACAUGAUUUAAAUCGGCCUUUGACAAGGAAAGUUUGUUUUUAUUUCAAAGUUUAUUUUCCUGUUUUUUGUUUUUUUAUGUUCUGUUAUAUUCUGUGUGUUUUAGACUUGGACCUGUUUUACUGUGUGCAAUAUAAAAUAAAUUAUUUUAUAUAUUUAUAGAACUGUUUUAGCAAAACUUGCACUAUCACGAUUUUUCUCAUGUUAAACUUGAAUAAAUUCCUUUUUGAAAUAUA